AUGGACCGCACUCGAUUACUCACAUGGAAAUUCUCAUAUUUACGUGAUAUUUUCCAACCAAUCACAUCCACAAAUGACCCGAUUUUCUGGAAUCAUCACUCGUUUGUCGACUUAGUCUGGGAAAAUUGGAGGCUCCUUCGCCAGUCUCCAGCAGCACGCGAAACUCAAUAUCCACCAAAUAAUCCGUCAUGUAGCAGUGCAGCCACUACGGUGAUAACACAAUGCUACCGUUCUUCCCAAUGGUUAACAAAGAUGGAUUGUCAAAUGCAUAUACUGACAACCUCUACAUUUACGCUCGACGACCAACCUCCUCAGCAGCAAAUCCAUCAGGUUGCGGUUCAAGAUUCCUCUUCUGCGACUUAUCUCACGGUGCACCGCGAGCAAAUCGCGACCUUCUUCAACCCCUUGAGACGACCUUGGGCCAUCCGAGCACUAACCACCUACAGUGUCAACGUUGAGUGCUCGAAUCUUAACGAUUACUGCUGCGAAUGGGCGGCUCUAGGCCAUUGCACCAAUGCGAAGUAUGCGGCGUAUAUGCUCAAGAAUUGUUCCAAAGCUUGUGGACAAUGCGGCAGCACGACAGAUGAUUGUAGACCACCAACAAGUACUGCAGAGUGCUCGAAUUAUGACACGAAGUGCUGUGAAUGGGCGGCACAAGGCGAGUGCACCAAGAAACCGGGAUAUAUGCUCAAGAAGUGUCUUAAAGCUUGUGGACAAUGCGGUAGCAGGACAGAUGAUUGUAGACCACAAACAAGUACUACAGGUUGCUCGAAUAGUCUCAGCACGUGCUGUCUCUUAGCAUCUAAAGGCCAGUGCACUAAUGAUCAAGAGUUUAUGCUGGAGAUGUGUCCCGAAGCUUGUGGACAUUGCGGCACCACGACAAACAUUUGCAAACCACAACCACAACCACAACCACAACCACAACCACAACCACAACCAGGUUGCUCGGAUCGUCACAGUUCGUGCUGUUUCUGGGCAGAUAAUGGUCAGUGCACUAGGAAUCAACUGUAUAUGAUGCAGAAUUGUCUCGGAGCUUGUGGACAUUGCGGCACCACGACAAACAUUUGCAAACCACAACCACAACCACAACCACAACCACAACCACAACCACAACCACAACCAGGUUGCUCGGAUCGUCACAGUUCGUGCUGUUUCUGGGCAGAUAAUGGUCAGUGCACUAGGAAUCAACUGUAUAUGAUGCAGAAUUGUCUCGGAGCUUGUGGACAUUGCAGCACCACGACAAACAUUUGCAAACCACGACCACAACCACGACCACGACCACGACCACGACCACGACCACGACCACAACCACAACCAGGGUGCUGGAAUGCUCACAGUAUGUGCUGUUUUUGGGCAUCCAAUGGCCGAUGUUCCACGAGACCACAGUUUAUGCUGGUGACCUGUCGUCAAGCUUGUCAACAAUGCGGGUACACAAUGGGACUAGUUUGUAUACCACAAUCAGUCUGUGGACUCGUGUACUGCGGACUCCCGCGUCGUAUUUCCCGGAACAGACGUCGUGUAUCGGGAUUCAUUGAUGGACCGCUUGGUCUUCAACUACGGAGACAAUCGUCACCGCUCUCAUUGGCGCCAGGACCUUCAACGCAGUUAUGGUUGACUCGAGUACCUGUAACGAGUCGCUCCCUAUCGCUAAAGACAAAGGAACAUCUCACUAAACGGCACCGUCAACAACGAAGAGGACCACGGAGACCAUCUGGAAUGGCUGUGUUCGCCAGCUGA